AUGGCAACAAAAAAGUCAGGAAAGGAGAAAAAUGCUAAACCUGUGGCCAGUGGUAGAAAACAACGUCAAAAAGAACGUCAAGAGCCCUUUGUAAGACCAGUAACAUCCCAUAAAAGAGGUAGCCACAAAACUAAAGAUAAGAAAUUAAAGGCCACAUUGAAAAAACUGGAUAAUAAAUACAGAGAUGCUGUAAGAUCAGCUGCCGCAACAGAGUAUUUAUUACCAGAGACAAGUGGUUAUAUGGAGGCUGAAACUGAAAUGGAGAAGACUUUUCGUGUUAAACAAGAGGAAAUAAAAUCUAAUGUCGAUGUGAGUACAGCCAAUAAAGCAUUGGAUUUAUCUUUAAAAGAAUUUGGUCCUUACUAUACAAAUUAUUCGAGAAAUGGUACUCAUUUGUUGAUUAGUGGGAGAAAGGGCCAUGUUGCAUCUAUGGAUUGGAGAAAAGGUGAAUUACGUGCAGAGUUACAUCUAAACGAAUCAUGCUAUGCAGCCACCUAUUUGCAAAAUGAACAAUAUUUUGCAAUCGCCCAAAAAAAGUAUACAUUUAUCUAUGAUCACGAAGGUGUGGAAUUACAUAGAAUGAAACAACACAUUGAAGCUCGACAUCUUGAAUUUUUACCGUACCAUUAUUUAUUAGCGACUGCUGGUGAGACUGGAUGGCUUAAAUAUCACGAUGUAUCCACUGGUGUAUUAGUAUCAGAAUUAAGAACCAAGCUAGGACCAACUGUAUCUAUGAAACAAAAUCCUUGGAAUGCAGUUAUGCAUUUAGGGCACAGCAAUGGUACAGUGACAUUAUGGUCUCCUUCUAUGCCGCAACCUUUAGUUAAAUUAUUAUCAGGUCGUGGGCCAAUUAACGAUUUGGCUGUUGAUAGAAGUGGUAGAUACAUGGUUACUGUGGAUACAGGAAAAACAAUGAAAAUAUGGGAUAUCAGAAAUUUCAAAGAAUUACAUGUUUUAGAAAAUUUACCUACACCGGGUAUGAAUGUGACAAUUUCUGAUACAGGUGUAAUUGCCAUGGGAAGAGGACCUCAGUUGAUAUUGUGGAAGGAUGCGUUGAAGACAAGUAGGGAAGCCAAACCAUGUUUUGGUUCUAUGGGAGGUCAAAAAGAUAGGAACACACCAUAUAUGACACAGCUGUUUGGAGGAAAUAGAAUAAAUAAUAUGAAAUUUGUUCCAUUUGAAGAUAUCCUAAGUGUUGGUCAUGAAACAGGUAUUACUCAUUUGAUAAUACCGGGUGCUGGUGAAGCCAAUUAUGAUGCAAUGGAAAUCAAUCCAUACGAGACUGCCAAACAAAGACAAGAACAAGAAGUCAGAACAUUAUUGAAUAAAUUACCGGCCGAUUCUAUCACUUUAGAUCCAAAUACUCUUGGUACAGUAAGUCAGCAAUCUUCAUCAAUCAGGUUAAGUGCAAAACAAUUACAUCAAGUUACGCUGGAGAAGGAAGAAGCUAUAAAGAAGAAUGCAGAUAUUCCAAGUGUCAAGCCUAACGUUAAAGGAAAAAAUUCUGGUUUACGUACAUAUUUGCGUAAGAGAACACAAAAUGUCAUUGAUGAAAGAAAAUUAAGAGUACAAAAGCAAUUAGCUAAAGAAAAAGAACAACGUAGAAGAAACAAUAUGAUUAAGUCAGGUGAAAUUAGUGCCGAUCAUAAAGAUAUCGUAGACGAAGCAUUAAGUAGAUUUUCGUAA